GCUCAUCCAACGAUAUGUCUUUCUCACACAUGCAUAUAUACAAGUAUUUAUAUUAGUGGUUGCAACACAUAUAUAUCCUUUCUCACACAUGCACACCCAUUGAAGAAAAAUCAGAGACUAUAGUGAUAGGACGAAACAAAAAGUAAUGGCAAGAACCCACUUAAUCUUUCUUCUGCUAUUGAUCUCACAGACAUCAACAUCAUCAUCAUCAAGAGAGCAAGAGGAGGACAGGAUCAAGGCACUUCCAGGGCAACCAAAAGUAGGCUUCUCACAGUUUUCGGGUUACGUAACAGUAAACGAGUCACACGGUCGAUCACUCUUUUACUGGCUCACUGAGUCAUCUUCUUCCCCUCACACAAAACCACUUCUUCUUUGGCUCAAUGGAGGACCGGGAUGCUCGUCGAUUGCCUAUGGAGCUUCGGAGGAAAUUGGACCAUUUCGAAUCAACAAAACCGGUUCCAAUCUCUAUCUCAACAGCUUUUCUUGGAACAGAGAAGCAAACAUUUUGUUUUUGGAAUCUCCCGACGGAGUUGGAUUUUCGUACACUAACACAAGCUCCGAUCUUAAAGAUUCCGGGGACGAACGGACUGUACCAAUACAGAGAUUUUUACAUUGCUGGUGAAAGCUACGCCGGGCAUUAUGUUCCUCAGCUUGCCAAAAAAAUUCAUCACUACAACAAAGCCAUGAACAAAACCAUCAUCAAUCUCAUAGGAAUCAUGGUUGGAAACGGAGACACGGACAGGCAUUACGAUAGAUUAGGAGCCGUCACGUACUGGUGGUCACACGCCAUGAUCUCCGACGGAUCCUACAAAACUAUCCUCAAACACUGCAGCUUCACAGAGGAUACAAACUCUGACGAGUGUAACGCCGCACUCUACUACGCAACGGUCAUCGAGUUCGGCCAAGUCAAUGGGUACAGCAUCUACUCACCCUCAUGUCUACCACAAACCAACGAGACCAAGCUCCUACACAGACGGAUGUUGGUAGAGGAAGAAGAAGACCCCUGUACCGAGAGCUACGCAGAGAUAUACUAUAACCGUCCUGAUGUACAGCGAGCUAUGCACGCUAAUCUCACAGCCAUUCCCUAUAAGUGGACCGCAUGCAAUUCUGGUAUGUUUAAUAGCUGGGGAGAUUCCGAUAACUCGAUUCUUCCCAUUUACAAGGAACUCAUAGCCGUUGGUUUGAGGAUAUGGGUGUUUAGCGGCGAUACGGACGCGGUGGUUCCAGUGACCGGAACUAGACUUUCCCUUAGCCAUCUCAAUCUUACUGUGAGAACUCGUUGGUACCCUUGGUACUCUGAGAACCAGGUUGGAGGAUGGACAGAGGUAUACGAGGGGCUUACCUUUGCAACGGUGAGGGGAGCGGGGCACGAAGUUCCGGUGUUGCAACCGCGGCGUGCCCUCACUCUUUUAAGAUCGUUCUUGGCAGGCAAAGAGCUUCCAAGAUCUUAUUAGUUACUUCACACACACAUAAGAGAGAAGGAUCUCUCUUAAACCCAAGUAAACUCGGUGUUUUCUUUUCCUUUUUCAUGUUUCAAAGUGUUCUUGUAUUUGAGGUUGUUGAUACGAAUUCAAAAGUCAUCAGAAUUUGUAACAGAACCGAAAAAAAACAAAAAUAUCCCUGAUUGUAUGGACAUGGUUUUUGUUAAACUAUCCCGAAGAUUUGGACAAAUUGAUAUCUCAUGAUUUUUUUUUGGGGUUUUUGACCUGAUAUAGAUCUUGUAUAUGGAGUCUUGUUAGCAUUUUUCGAGUCUUUACAGAUUUAUGC